AUGUUUUUGCCAAAGGUGAAGAUUCUAGUGUUUAGCAACACGACUGCGGUGGAACUGGUUUUCAAUAGGCCUCUCGAUACCUUGAAUAACCUCCUCUUUAAAGAAAGCAAGAUUUCAAUAGUUUCUAUGACUGCUUUUAUCGCUCAUUUUGGACCUGAUGAGACAGCUGCUAUAUGUGUUAUGUUGGCUUCCAGUAUCUUGUGUGGAGGACUGUACGAAUUUGAUUCUCUGGUUUCAGUGAGAGUAGCUGAGCUUUACGAGCUUGAAACCAAGAUUCGGUCUCUGGAGGACUUGAUAGUAAGGGCUGAAGAUUCAGCAAACCACAGACACCAUUAUGACAUUACAAUAUCUGUCCUUGAAGAAAGCUUAAGCCGAUCUUUGCUUGAGUUAGAGUUUCAUCAAUUGGUUUGUUCUAAAGAAGAUGACCACAUUGCAAAAGUUCUCAUAUCUGCCAUAACAGAGAAUCGUUCCGACUCGGAGUCUAUUAGGGAUCUACUACUUGAUAGCUGCUCAAGUUACCUUAAGGAGGCUAAAAAAGCUGGAGCAAGUGGACAAGAAAGGAGGAAGAGAGACUGA